AUGCUCCCAAAACUUUCACUGCUAGCUCUGACACUAUCAGUCGCCAACUCGGCCUCUAGGCAAGCUGUUCUCAAGCCGUCACUACCAACCGUACAAUCAGCGCCGCACUGCAAAAACAUACCAGGAGAUGCCGGAUGGCCACAGCCUCAGACCUGGUCCAAGCUAAACAAAACAGUCAACCGGCGCCUAAUUGCUACGGUUCCUCUUGGUUCCGUGUGUCACGACCCAAACUACGACGAGGUCAAAUGCAAGCAGUUGGCUGCCAAUUGGGGCCUUGCCCAGCUUGAUGUUCCCGAGCCCGCAGAGUUCAUGUCCGCGUAUUUCCAAAACAACAGCUGCACGCUCUUUUCACCGAGGUCUGCGAAGUGCGAGUUGGGAAACUACGCGUCUUAUUCCAUCGACGUUCGAUUAAUCGACGAUGUCCGGGCCGGGCUUAAAUUUGCCCAAGAGCACAACAUUCGUCUCGUUAUCCAUAACUCCGGUCAUGACUUUUACGGACAGAGCACUGGCAAAGGCGCGCUUGCCUUGUGGAUGCAUAAUUACAGCGAAAAGCAGCUGAUCCCAAAAUAUUCGUCUUCAUACUAUGAUGGACCCGCGCUUCAGGUACAGACGGGCGUAGAGGGCGGUGCAGCGGCCGCGUUCGCGACAGUGCAUGGCUACACAGUCGUGUCGGGCGCCUGUCCGACAGUCAAGAUGGCAGGAGGGUAUCUCGCUGGCGGCGGCCACAGUUACUUGGCCGGCACGUACCGCUUCGCCGCUGACAACGUCCUGGAGUGGGAGGUUAUCAAGGCGGACAGCUCACUCGUGAUCGCGACGCCAUCUCAGAACCAAGACCUGUACUGGGCGCUCUCAGGUGGUGGUGGUGGUACGUUUGGCGUGGUGCUCUCGGCCACCGUCCGCGUCUUUCCUAGCGAGGUCGCCGCCAGCGCCGCAUUUUCAUUCACAGUCGGCCAAGUCGGCGGUGUCGAACAGUACUGGAACUCCGUCAGUGCAUUUCAUCAGCAUCUGAAGCCGCUGGUGGACCAAGGAAUCGUUGCCGAGUAUGUGCUAAGCAACGAGUCGCUGGUCGUGACCGGGAUCAUGGCGCUUGGGAGGUCGAGAGACUCGCUAAAGUCUCUACUCAAGCCCCUGACACUGGGUCUGAUGGGCGCUUCCGGAUCGUCGUUGACCCAGGAUAUACUAGCCGUCAAGUAUGCGCAGGCAAACAGCUACUAUGGGCUGUACAAGGACCAGAUCCAGCCGCAGCUGGAGGACCUGGUGUUCCCAGCGACCAUAGGCGGGCGAUUCAUUCCGAGGAGGUCGAUGAAUCAAAACUCAACCAGCGUCGACAAUGCACUCCGCCAAAUAGCUAACAGAGGUUACGUGUUCGCAGCGAUGGCGCUCAACGUCGUCAAUAGCGGGCGGAACCAAACUGCUCCGCCAAUCGCGCCCAACGCCGUGCAGCCCAACUUCAUCAGCGCGUAUGGCUCUCUGAUGAUCAACCCCCGCUGGUCUAACGAUUUGAUAUGGUCCGAGGCCGAGGUGCUCCAGAAUGAGCUGCUGGACGAGACCCUUGCCCUGUACGACGCGGCCGUUCCAGACGCCGGAGUGUACAAGAAUGAAGGCAACUGGGCGGAGAGGGACAUUAAGAAGGCUUUUUACGAUGGGACGUAUGAGAGGUUGGAGAGAGUCAAGAAGGAGGUUGACCCAACUGGGGUCUUUUACGGCAUCACGUCAGUUGGCUUUGACCAUUUCCAAAUGGACGGCAAUGGCCGCCUAUGUCGGAAGUAA